GCUUCCUCUCCUUUCCCCUUUUUCCCCGUCUCUCUCCUUUUCUAUCAUUUCUCCGGCUCCCCAUCUCUCUUUCUUCGCUCUCUCUCUCUCGCUAAAGUCCAUCUGCUGCCAUCGCGGGAAGCCAUUCGAACUGCCGUCAAUUGUCCGAAUCCGCGCUCUUGUUCGAUUGAUCAAUUGCAGGGUUCGCAAGGUUGAAGCUUGCUUUCGGGCCGGGUUGACGAAAAAUAUAAAAAGCUAGGGUUUCGAUGCCACUGCGGAAUUGGUUGGGCCCUCGGUUCGUCCCUUGGAUUUAGGGUUUAGGAAAGUGGAGUGGUAGCGCUGGGUGCUGUCAUAAAGGGCGGGGGUAUUGAUGGUACUCGAAGGUGAAAAUGCAAGGCUAUGCAUGGACGGGAAGGUGAGGAGAGGAAAAGGGCUCGGCACAUGUGGACAGAUCCCGUCCCUGCCAAUUCGGUUGUAGCGGGUGAUGUUUCUUUGUCUUCUCCGAUUCCUAAUUCGUUUUACAAGGACGGUCGAAAAAUCUGUGUUGGGGACUGUGCUCUUUUCAAACCACCAGAGGAGUCACCACCUUUAAUUGGAAUAAUCCGUUGUGUCAAAACCAAUAAAGAUAAUAACCCAAUUUUAGGUGUGAAUUGGCUUUAUCGACCUUCUGAAAUAAAGCUUGGCAAAAGCAUCCUUUUGGACACUGCGCCAAACGAAAUAUUUUACUCCUUUCACAAGGAUGAAAUAUCUGCCGCAUUGCUACUCCAUCCGUGUAAAGUUUUCUUCCUCCCUAAAGGUGCUGAGCUUCCAUCAGGGAUUUCUUCAUUUGUGUGCCACCGUGUUUACGACAUUCGAAACAAGUGUUUAUGGUGGUUAACUGAUCAAGAUUAUAUUGAUGAACAUCAAGAAGAAGUAGAUCAACUAUUGACUAAGACACACAAAGAAAUGCACGCAACAGUACAGUCGGGAGGGCAUUCACCAAAGCCGAUGAAUGUUCCAAAUGCAACAUCACUGUCAAAACCUGGUUCCGAUAGCGUGCAGAAUAGUGGUUCAUCCUUUCCUUCUCAAGUUAAGGGAAAGAAAAGGGAGCGGGGAGAUCGUGGAGAUCCAGGGAUAGAGCCUCUUAAACGUGAGCGUUCUGCAAAACUGGAUGAUGGUGAUUCUGCUAACUCAAGAGCAGAGAACACCUGGAAAUCAGAGAUUAGUAAAUUGAAAGAUAAAGGUGGGCUUGUGGAUUUUGAUGCUGUUGAGAAAUUGGUGCAACUUAUGCUACCUGAUAGAAAUGAGAAGAAGAUAGAUUUGGUUGGCCGGGCUAUUAUGGCUGGUGUAGUAGCAGCAACAGAUAAGUUUGAUUGCCUUAAUUGGUUUGUUCAGCUGAGAGGGUUACCUGUUUUUGAUGAGUGGAUACAGGAGGCCCAUAAAGGAAAGAUUGGUGAUGGUAAUAGUUCCAAGGAUGGUGACAAAUCAGUAGAAGAGUUUCUCUCUGUCUUACUUCGUGCUCUUGAAAAACUCCCUGUGGAUCUCCAUGCUUUACAAACGUGUAACAUUGGAAAGUCUGUCAAUCAACUCCGUUCCCACAAGAACACAGAGAUUCAGAAGAAGGCAAAGAGUUUAGUCGACACUUGGAAAAAACGUGUGGAGGCUGAAAUGGAUGCAAAGUCUGGGUCAAACCCGGGUGUCACUUGGGCUACUAGAUCACGUCUUCCAGAUGCUUAUCAUGGUGGGAGCAGACACACUGGUGUGGUCUCUGAGGUGCCAUUGAAGAGCUCUACUAAUCAGCUUUCUGUUUUAAAACCCGCACCGACUAAGCUUGGCCCUGGAGAGGCUAUUCCUAGGUCAGCAUCUGGAUCUCCGGGGUCCAAUAAAUUAAUCGCAGUGCAUGUACCGGGGGUUGGUAUAGUUAAAGAAGGGCAGGCUAGAUAUGGUGGCAGUGCUGGGGGGUCUGAUGCUUCUCCAACAAUGGUUAGAGAUGAGAAGAGCAGCAGUUCUAGCCAGUCACACAAUAACAGCCAAACUGUCUCUGGUGAUCAAGCAAAAACUGUUGGAUUUUAUGGUAAGGAGGACACAAGGAGCUCUGGUUCUAUGACCCCAACUAGGGUUGCUAGUGGUUCACGGCAUCGUAAGUCGAACAAUGGCUUUCCGAGCCAUGCUGGAUCUGUGGCUCAGCGGGAAACUGGGAUAAGUAGAAGUUCUCCUUUGCAAAAAAAUCCUGGUGCUGAAAAGUUAUUGCAAGCUAGUUUCGCAAGUGAUAAGGUGGCUGAUCUUCCAACAGCAGAGGCCAACAACCACAGAUUUGUCGUUAAGAUUCCUAACAGAGGGCGCAGUCCUGCCCAAAGUGCUAGUGGUGCAUCGUUCGAAGAUCCUUCAGCCGUGCUCAAUAGAUCUUGUUCUCCUACUCUUUCGGAGAAGCAGGAACAACUUGAUUGCAGUUUUAAAGAUAAGAACGACACUUGCCAUGCUAAUGUCGGCUCAGAUGUCAAUACCGAGUCAUGGCAGAGCAAUGAUUUCAAAGAUGUGCUGACUGGGUCAGAUGAAGGAGAUGGCUCUCCUACAACUGGGCCAAAUGAUGAAAGCAGUAGAGCAGCUGAAGAUACCAAGAAGCUGCCAGAAGUCUCCAAAUCCAUAUCAUUGCCGUCUAGCAAUGAAAACAAGUCGGGAAGAUUACAUGAUGCUUCAUUUAGCUCCAUGAAUGCUUUGAUUGAAAGUUGUGUCAAGUACUCUGAUGCUAGUGCAUCGACGUCAGGAGCAGAUGAUGGUGGGAUGAACCUGCUUGCUAGUGUUGCUGCUGGGGAGAUGUCUAAACCUGAUGGGGCUCUGCAGUGUGAUCCACCUGCUGAUUCUAGGUUGCAGUCAUGUCCAGGUGAUACUGCUACUUGUCAGUCAGGUGAUAAUGUUGCUGUUGUAAUUGACACGAAAGACAGCGGUGUUGAUACAUUAGAGACUAAGACAGAGGGACCUCAAGAGAAAGCUUCUGUUGGGCAUGAGAAAGAUCAAAUCUCCUGUUCUGUCGACGCCCAGCAAACUAGAGAGAUAGGCAAGGAAAAGGAAGAUAAAACUGAUGGAACCUCAAGGGGACCUUUUGUUGGUGUGCCUGCUGUGAACGGUACAGAAAAUAAAUUGGGCGAUGGAGGCAAACAACCAUGGAAGCAAGAUCCUAGUUGUACAGUUACAGCAGAAGCAACAUCUGAUCGUAAAGAAAAAUCACUUGGCUCCAUUUCUGCCGAAACUAAGUUCAGUCUUGCUGCUGUAGAAGUUAAGGCUGGUGGAUUCCGAAGUUUGUCCCCACAUUCUGCCACUGAGGCUGAGGGGGGGAACAAGAAAAAUAGUAACGGGGUGUUAAACUUUGGUCUACAGGCGGAUCAAAAGUCACCUGCAGUAAUGUUUUCUGAUUCUGGUAAGAGAACUGAUUUUCAGGUGCUAAAUCCUUCUGGUGGUGCACAGGAAAUGGUUUCCACCAAAUGUCCAGAGGAAGUUAAAGAAGGAGAGGUUAAUGAAACUACAGGCCGAAAUCCCUCCCCUGAAAUUUCAAAGACUGAUCAGCUUAGUAAGAAGGACGAUCAGAUGCAAACUGAAAUUCAUGGGGCUAAUGACCAGGUAAGUGGUUCUCAGGAUGAAUCUGGUAUACAAUCAAAUCAGAGAACGGGUAGUAGAGGAUCCAGGGAGAAAGGUGCUGAAGCUGAUGACACAGAGGAAAGCUGUUCAGCUGCAGCAGAUGCUUCGUUAGCUGUUACUGGCAGCCCAGAAAAUGAAGCAAAAAUGGUAUUUGAUCUAAACGAGGGACUUAAUGGCGAUGAUGUUAAGUACAUGGAUCCAUCCAAUGUAAAAGUUGCUAGAACUUCUGCUUGUAUUCCAUUGAUUAGUCCGUUGCCUUUGCAAGCUUCUCUCUCUAGUAGUCUCCCUGCUUCAAUUACUGUGGCUUCUGCUGCUAAAGGUCCUUUUGUUCCACCAGAGGAUUUGCUGAAGAAUAGAGGGGAACUUGGUUGGAGAGGAUCGGCUGCAACAAGUGCAUUUCGACCUGCUGAACCAAGAAAAACUGUUGAUGCUAAUGCAGCUGGGAUAACAACCAUUGGCCCUUCUCCUGAUGCUUCUUCAUCUGCUAAACCCAGCCGUCCUCUCUUUGAUUUUGACCUAAAUGUGGCUGAUGAAAGGGUAAUUGAAGAUUUGGCUUCUCGAGUUUCUGAUCAGGCUACGAGCUCUGUCCCUGACCUUGCAAAUAAUCAUGUUGGGGCAUGUGAUAAACCGGUAGUGGCUUCUGUAUCUUUUCGGAGUUCUGGCGGACUUGAUCUUGACUUGAAUAAAAUGGAUGAUGAUGAUGAUGAUGAUGAUGUUAGCAAUAAUCACUUGACUAGCAAUGGACGUAGGCUGGACAUUCAUUUGCAGCCGACAGUCAAAACAUCACCAGCAGCAGGUCUUCUCAGUGGUGGUAAUGCAGGCACGCGUCGAGACUUUGAUUUGAAUGAUGGACCUCUUGCCGAGGAGGUGGGGACUGUUGAGCCAUCAUCUUUAUUUGUCCAGAAAGUAAGGAAUAACAGCAUUGUAUCUCAGUCAGCAAUUCCUGCCCUUCGAGUCAACAAUAAGGAACUGGGUAAUUUUGCCUCUUGGUUUCCUCAAGGGAACUAUCCAGGUGUAGCAACAAUUCAGCCAAUGUUGCCUGACAGAGGAGGGGAACAGCAGCCAUUCUCGAUAGUUGCACCUCAAAGAAUGGUAGGAGCUGCUCCUGCUGCCACUAUCAGCACUACAUUUAGUCCUCCAGAUGUCUAUAGAGGACCAGUGUUGUCAUCUUCUCCUGCUGUGCCCUAUCCAUCUGCUACAUUCCCGUACCCAGUCUUCCCUUUCGGAAACAACUUCUCUCUACCAUCAGCUGCAUUUUCGGGUGGUUCGACAGCAUAUGUCGAUUCAGCAUCAGGUGGAAGACUUUGUUUUCCUGCUGUACAUUCACAGGUUUUGGCUCCUGGUGGUGGUGGGGUUCUUCCAUCACCCUAUCAUCCUAGGCCUUCUUAUGUUGUCAGCAUUCCAGAUGCUAGUAGUAGUAUGUCCAGUGAAAGCAGCAGCAGAAAGUGGGGAGGAAGGCAGGGAUUAGACUUAAAUGCAGGACCUUUGGGUGGUCCUGAUACUACAGAAGGGAGAGAUGAAACACCAUCAUCAUCACUUGCUGCCUCAAGGCAACAGCAGCUGUCUCUGGCCAACUCUCAUCAAGCACUCUUUGAAGAGCAGCAAUCUAGAAUGUACCACCAGGUGUCAGGUGGUGGCAUUCUGAAAAGGAAGGAACCAGAUGGUGGAUGGGAUAGCUACAAGCAUCAUCCAUCAUGGCAAUAUUCCCUGUUAUUUGGGCCAGCUGGAUUCGAGAGAUCAACUAUUAAACUUGGAAUCUCGAAGAAGAAAGAUGGUGAGGAAGGUGGUGUUCAGUCUACAACUCCAAUCCCAGCUGCUCGUGUGCCAAUUGUCUGUUAUUAAGCAAUAUGUCCUCCUGAGGUUUCUGGGGGACAAUAUGCGCUGUUAGUGUGGAAUUUGUACUGGGCAGCUGCAUUUCCUCCCCUUGUAGAUAUUUUUUUUUAACUUGCUGGUAGUUUUCUUAUUCAGUCUGUGAAUAAGCAGAAUGGUAUGAGAAUUGGUAGUGGAAAUUCCUGCUGCGGUCUUGUACUUCAAACUUGCUCUCGUGUUGUUGGACUGACAGUGACCGACCGUCAUUUUGCUUUCUAAUUCACCCCAUGAGAAAGAUAGUUACAGCAGCAGCUGCUCACAGAAAGUAAUAUACACCGAGUUGACAUUUUCCGAGUCUGUUCGUUUAUUAGAUUCUCUCGUUUUCUUGUUGUAAUUUCGUUGGUGGUUUGGAAAUGUGUUCUGAAUCUG